UCGCCUACUCUCACACACACCUAAUCCAAUCCUAUGCAAGCAGCUCUCGCAGUCAUGGCCGCACACUCUCUUCUUGCAGCCGCCUCCGCCUCCCACCAACCUCUCCUCUUCCCCACCAUUUCCUCCACCUCUUCACAAUCGCCCCAAUUUCACUCCUCCUUCCACGGCGUCGCUCUCAAGCCCAAAAUCCGCCCAUUUCUUUCCCUCUCCGCCGCCGCCGCCCCCAAGCCCCUCGCCGUCGUAUCCGCCGCCAAAAAGGCUGUCGCCGUCCUCAAGGGGACUUCCGGCGUCGAGGGCGUUGUCACUCUUACCCAGGAUGGCGAAGGACCAACUACUGUUAAUGUUCGGAUCACCGGGCUCGCUCCGGGCAAGCACGGAUUUCAUCUGCACGAGUUUGGUGACACUACGAAUGGAUGCAUUUCAACAGGACCACAUUUCAAUCCGAAUGGUUUGACACAUGGAGCUCCUGAAGAUGAAGUCCGUCAUGCGGGUGAUCUGGGAAACAUAAUUGCCAACGCCGAGGGCGUGGCUGAGGCAACAAUAGUGGACUCUCAGAUCCCUUUGACUGGUCCUAACGCAGUUGUUGGAAGAGCCUUCGUGGUUCAUGAACUCGAGGAUGAUCUUGGAAAGGGUGGUCAUGAGCUCAGUCUUUCUACUGGCAAUGCUGGAGGGCGCUUGGCUUGUGGGGUUGUGGGUUUGACUCCCCUCUAAACUAUACCAAUGCUUCAGAAAGUCAACCCCGUUGUGCACUCUGUAUCUGUCUGUGGUUCGUAUAGAGGCUUGUGGUAGCAGCAGUAUUAGAUAAGUGGCAUUGUUCAUUGUCAACGAAUAAUGUUGUGUGCAUAAGCUGUGUGCCAGAUAGAUACUAAGCUUGUAUUCCAUUGCUACUGCCUGAAUUGGUUUGGAUUGAAAUAAAAUCGGGAUUAAAUUGUUUAA